UUUUUUUUUGAGAAAAUGAAAAAGAAUGAUUUAGGAGAAGAGUUUGAAGAUAACACUAACUUCAUUAAAGUUGCGUUAACAGAAAAAUCCAUGGGGUGGGGUCACCUUGAAAGAAAUGGCUCUGAUUCCGUUACCGACGCCGAUGCAGCUCCGAGCACCAGCACGGCGCCGGAGUCACGGCGGUUUCCACCAGCUGCUCAACCGGAAAUGAUGCGAGCAGCUGAAAAAGACGAUCAGUACGCCUCUUUCGUUUACGAAGCCUGUCGCGACGCUUUCCGCCAUCUCUUUGGUACUAGAGUUGCGGUGGCUUAUCAAAACGAGACGAAGCUUUUAGGGCAAAUGCUUUACUAUGUUCUCACAACUGGCUCAGGACAACAGACACUUGGUGAGGAAUACUGUGAUAUCACUCAGGUUGCAGGAUCUUAUGGACUUCCUCCUACACCAGCCAGGCGUGCUUUGUUCAUUGUAUAUCAGUCAGCGAUUCCAUAUAUUGCAGAACGAAUCAGUUCUAGAAUUGCUUCCCGAGGCAUUAUCCUUUCUGACUAUGAGUCUGCUGAGAUUUACGGUGAAAAUGCCCAUGGGAGUAGUAGUUCUCGGGUUUCUGAAAUUUCUCCUGCAUCUGCCUCAGGACAGUCUACAUCAACUUUGAUGAGGUUGAAGCAUAAACUCGGUGGAUUUUGGUUGCAUAUGGUUCAGAGAUGGCCUACGAUGCUCCCUUUUGUUCGCGAGUUAUUGCAGUUGCUUCUUCGUGCUAACCUCAUGUUGUUUUAUUUUGAAGGCCUAUAUUAUCAUAUAUCCAAACGUGCUGCAGGCAUUCGUUAUGUGUUCAUUGGAAAAGCAUCAAAUCAAAGACCCAGAUAUCAAAUACUGGGAGUAUUUCUGCUGAUUCAACUUUGUGUAAUAGCUGCUGAAGGGCUGCGUCGAAGAAAUUUUUCAUCGAUUGCUGCUUCAGUUCAUCAGGCAUCCUUUGCUACCCACCAUACAUCAGCAGGACAUGGUUUGCCUGUUCUAAAUGAAGAAGGUAAUUUGGCAUCUCCAGAAGCUGAUAAAGGAAGUUGGGUCCCUGGAUCCUCAUCUUCUGAGCAUAAUGCAACUAAUGGGGUAAGCAAAUGCACGCUUUGCCUGAGUAAUCGUCAACACCCAACAGCUACUUCCUGUGGCCAUGUAUUUUGCUGGAACUGUAUCACAGAAUGGUGCAACGAAAAGCCAGAGUGCCCUCUUUGCCGCACCCCUAUAACACACUCAAGUUUAGUUUGUGUCUAUCAUUCAGACUUCUAGAAUCUGCUUCUCGUCAGCUGUAGACUUUUGUACAUGGAAAGAAGAUAUAGCAUGAAAGGCAACGUUUUUCUUCACUUGAGGAUUGUAUCAUAUGAACAUUUAAGCAAUUUAAUUUUAUAUUAGAAAAUAAGAAAGUUCUGAUUUCAGCAAUCAAUUUUGUACAACUAUCGUUAAACCGUGAUUCUACGUUAGUUAUUUCCCUCUAAAUUUGGUGGUCCUAGUAAAUGGAAACAAAAUGAAGUUUCAAAA